AUGGCUCCUAUAACACCGUCCCAGGAAGACUUGCAGCAAUUCUACAUCGGCAAGGACCUCAGCGAUGUACCCAAACCGGCUGCUGUCCUCGACGUAGCAAUCAUCCGACGACACUGUGAGACAAUGUUACGCACAAUCAAAACGCUCAAUAUCGGAUUCAGAGCUCAUGUUAAGUCCCACAAGACCCCCGAAAUCGCCAAGCUUCAAGUCGGCGACAGCACUGAGGCCAAUUUCAUAGCCUCCACAGUUCUGGAGAUCGAAAUGAUGAUCCCUCUACUACAAGAUCUGAAACAAAGAGGCCGCAAAGUUAACAUACUCUAUGGCAUCCCCCUCGUCCCAUCACAGGUUCCACUACUAGCCAAGGCAUCCCGCGAGUUAGGCGAGAACAGCAUCACUGUGAUGAUUGACCACCCAGACCAACUUCCUCACCUGGAGAAACUAUCCUCUCUAGCAGGGCAUUCGACCUGUGUAUUUGUCAAGGUCGACACGGGCUACCACCGCGCCGGCUUGCCGCCCAUAUCCCUCAACAAGAACGGGUUACUCGAGAAACUUGCCUCCGCGGAGGAAAAAGAAGGGGCAAGGCUUCUCGGGUUGUACUCACACAGCAGUCUAAGCUAUAGCGGGACAACCCCAGAGAAAGCGAUGGGUCAUUUGAUCAGCGAGAUCCGCGGAUGCAAAGAUGCCCUGGAGAGAAAUUUGCAUCUACUGCCCAAAAGAGAACUGGUCAUCAGCGUUGGUGCUACGCCGCAGGUAGUGUCGUCCCAGAAUUUGCUGCGCGAUGACUCUCCCUCCGCGGAAGCGCAGGAGCUCAAGGCUUUGCUUCGUGAGACCAAUGUCGAGCUGCAUGCUGGCGUCUAUCCCAUCCUGGAUAUGCAACAAUUCUCCACACAUGCUAGUGCUGAUGCUGGGAUGUUGGAGGAUGAAAUUGCCAUCUCGGUGCUCACUGAAGUGUGCAGCGUGUAUAACGAUGGCGAACGCGAAAAGCCCGAGGCGCUCCUCGCUGUCGGGACGCUUGCACUGGGUCGAGAGCCGUGUCCGAGUUACUCCGGCUGGGGGGUUCUUUCUUCUUGGCAACUGGAUGGAGUGCCUAAAGCUUCGUCGGAGAGAUUGGUUGUCGAAAGGAUCAGUCAGGAGCAUGCAAUUGUGACUUGGGAGAGUGAGUCCCAGACGGAGAUUCCCCUGCGAAUUGGACAAGUGGUUAAAGUGCACCCGAAUCAUGCUUGUGUUACCGGUGCCUUUUAUGGCUGGUAUUUUGUUGUCGAUUCGGAUCACGACAGCGACGCGUCUCGGAUUGUGGAUGUUUGGGUUCGGGCGAGAGGGUGUGGUAUGAGAGCUUGGUAG